GGGCGCGCCUCUGCUGCAGACCUUGCCCUGGCGGCCUGGUGUGCCAGGCGGGCGCUCAUGCCAAGGGCACCCUGGCAGUACUGUUCCUGACCUAGGGGAGCUGCUCCGGGCGGGGCGCCCUGGGUGGUCUGGGGCUGCUGCUCCUCACCAUGCCUGCCCGGAAGCCUCCCUGCUGGCCGCCUCCACCCACGGGAGGGCUGCGCUGAUCCUCUGGGUUUGGGUGUUUAGCUCGGAGCUCUUGCGGCCUUUCUCAGCGUGACUGCUGCCUGUGGCUGCGAGGGUGGAGGAUGGGGGUGCCUGUUCCUGGGUGUGGUGCUUGGUGCUACAGAAUGGGGGGAGGCCCAUCCCUGAGGCCCGUCCCUACAAGGGCGCCCACCAGCACCAAGCUGACCGGUUUGGCUGUCACUUCUUCUGGAGGCACCGCUGACCUCCCCACAGCUUCUCUGACAGAGGUUUUGGGCAGGUAACCCAGUCCGCUGGGUGUGGCCUGCGCCCUGUGCACUGUUGACGGGGCCUGAGCCUCAGCGGGCACCCUGGGUCCUGGGAAGCCAGCACGGGGCCCUCUGAGCAGGCCGCAUCUGGCUGUGUGCAGAGGACUCUGAGCGCACACUCACAGGACGCCUUUGGGAGUGGGGCAUGGUGGGCGGGCUUGCUCUUGCUUUUGUGGUCAAAGGCCCACGUCUUGGGCACUGCCUGGGGGUUGCUGGCCUGAGACUCGGGAGGCACAGCCUGUCUGCCGGCCUGAGAGGCAGGAGAAACAGGGCUGUCUUCCAGGCCCUAAGCUGCUUCCACCGCACCAUUGAAAGCAGAGCCUGCCAGCCCCUUGCUGCUGGGGGAGGCAUGUGUGGCCAUGUGACCUAGAGGGGCCUGCCCUCGGCAAGGGUGGCCCAAGUCCUGGCGCUGCCGAUGGGCCACGUCCAGGGUCCUACUUGGCACCCAGCACCGCCUCCAGCUUGAGUUUUGGUUUUAUCCACCUUGCCACAUACACCCGCAGACCGUCCCCCUGCCCCCCCCACCACCCUGCCGCAACGGCCCCAUGAGGCCUUGCCUGGGGCCCUUCCUCAGGGCCUGCUGAGACUUGGGGUUCAGAGAACACGGGGCUUCCCGUCUCCAGAGCAUCCCAGCCCAAAUGCUGCGUCCUUCAGGUGGGAGGUGAGAAUUAGGCCAAGUAACCGCCCCGCCUGCUCCACACGCAGAGGGGCUCAUUCUGAGCCUGUUGCGCCUGGCUGCUCUUGGCUCUGCGGGGGUGGCAGCAGCAUCCCCUGCGCAGCUCGCCGGGCCAGGUCGUGUUGUGGCGCUGGCCGCUGGUCUCCUCGGGAGAGCCGGCCAGCGCUCCUAGGAUGCUUGUCUGCCUCUCAGCGCCAUGGCCAGCCCGAGAACUAGGAAAGUCCUGAAGGAAGUUCGCGUGCAGGACGAGAACAACGUGUGCUUUGAGUGUGGCGCCUUCAACCCCCAGUGGGUGAGUGUGACCUACGGCAUCUGGAUCUGCCUGGAGUGCUCGGGAAAGCACCGCGGGCUCGGGGUGCACCUCAGCUUUGUGCGCUCAGUCACCAUGGACAAAUGGAAGGACAUCGAGCUGGAGAAGAUGAAGGCAGGCGGCAAUGCCAAGUUCCAGGCCUUCCUGGAGUCGCAGGCGGACUACGAUCCCGGCUGGACGCUGCAGGACAAGUACAGCAGUAGGGCCGCUGCGCUCUUCCGCGACCAGGUGGCCACCCUGGCUGAAGGCAGGGAGUGGUCUCUGGAGUCAUCGCCUGCCCAGAAUUGGACCCCACCCCAGCCCAAGACACUGCCAUCCGCUUCCCACAGAGCCUCUGGCGUGCCACAGAGCUCCACCCCGUCCUCUGACAAGGCUUUUGAGGACUGGCUGAACGAGGACCUGGGUUCUUAUCAGGGGGCUCAGGAGAAUCGCUACGUGGGGUUUGGGAACACCGCGCCACCCCCCAAGCGUGAGGACGACUUCCUCAAUAGUGCCAUGUCGUCCCUGUACUCGGGCUGGAGCAGCUUCACCGCAGGAGCUGGCAGGUUUGCCUCGGCGGCCAAGGAGGGCGCGACGAAAUUUGGAACCCAAGCAAGCCAGAAGGCUUCGGAGUUGGGGCACAGCCUGAAUGAGAACGUCCUCAAGCCGGCCCAGGAGAAGGUGCAGGGGGUCGGCAGCCGGGGGUGGCGGGACGUUACCACCUUCUUCUCCGGGAGGGCCGAGGACUCCUCUGACAGACCCCCGGAGGGCCAGAGCUACCAGAACAGCGGCCUGGACCAGAGCUUCUGGGAGACCUUCGGCGGGGCCGAGCCCCCCAGGGCCCGCAGGUCCCCGAGCAGCGACAGCUGGACCCGCGCAGACACCACGGCGGAGAAGCAGGGCUCGGGCAGCUGGGACGCGUGGGGCUCGGGCUCUGUGUGCAGCAGCAGGAACAGCGAGCUGGGCGAGGGCGGCGGGGGAGCCUGGGGGGCUGGCGGGGAGGGCAGGGCCACAGCCGCCAAGAAGGCCGCACCGCCGCCCUCGCUGGCCGACGAGGGCUGGGACAACCAGGACUGGUAGCCGGGCCUCACCCUCUCCACGCGCGCCGGCCCGGGCGGGAAGGGGUGGUGCCGGGUGGCCUGGGCUGGUAUGCGGGCAGCUCGCCCCUGGGGCUGUGCCCACGCGGAGACUGGGCAGUGGCCUGGUGGCCACGGGAGCAGACUGCCGCCUGGACCCGCUCCAGCUGCACCCUAAUAAACCCUGCCUGGUGGCCUCUGGCCGUGACACUGACUCCGCUUGCCUGGGGGUGGAUGUCUGGUCUGGUCUCCGGGGCUCUGGAGGUGGGGGCCCCAAAGGCACUGCCCGGCAUGCAGGGGAACAGACCAACCCCGGCUCCCCUGGGUGCACAGCCAACCCUGCCCUAGGAGCCUCUCUCAUGGGUGCCCCUCCCCAGUGUCCUCGGGGGAACGUGCAGCUCAUGGCCGCCCACUUGUCCUGGGCAGGAGGCCCUGCAGGAGUCAGCCCCUGAGCGGGCCCUGCAGGGGGACGGGACCUCUAGGAGGUGGCGCAAGAGCAGGAACCUCGUGGGAG